AUGGGUCAGGAAGCUGGUAAGACUGCCUGGCCUAAACCUUCUGGGGGAUAUCAGACUCUCACAGGACGGAGAUAUGGAAGAAGACACGCAUAUAUUAGUUUCCGACCCUCUCUAGAGAGUCCUAACAGAUCUUCAGCUCGGCAGAAGAGGGAAGGUGAAGGCCUGGAAUUGGGCAGUGUGCAGAAGGAAACCAAUUUAACUUCCAGUGAAAGCCAUGAUUCAUCACUUUCCAGCAUGAGUAGCGCUUUGUCCACUGAUUUGCAAGAAGGGAGAAAAACACUCAAUACUAAUAAUGGUUUGUUUUACUGACUCUGAGGAGCAUGCUUUGCCCCCCUUUUCAAUGUUAGAACAUGCUAAGGGCUGUCAGAAAUUAAAUAACAGUGACUGCAAGGAAAGCUCUAAAACGUUCUUGCAUGCUCCAGUGGAGCACCUACACCACCCUCAUCAAAAUGGUGUCUGUUUUGUUACUAUUGACUCUUUUGAGCCAGACAGCAGUGAUGGAGAAGAAAAUGUUAGUCUUUAUGAAGAUGUUUCUUUAAAAACUGAGGAAGGUGGAAAUCCGCAUCUAAUCAGCAAUACGAUAUGUGAACUCCAAAAGGAUUCUGCCAAUGAAAUGCUUUCACAGUUAUCCACCAUAAAUCGCACUUGUGCACAGGACAGCUUAUCUCAGGGGAGUGUUGCCUCAUUAUCCAAUCAUUCAACCCUAGACCUAUACUCAGCACCAUGGAGUUUAUCUGCUAGCUCUGUAUCAGAGGAUGAAGCUAUGGGUGUUCGAAGUGUAGAACUUUAUGAAUCCCAGCAAAACAAAAGUAAAACUGACUUAAUGGGAAAAUAUAGCCUAGGAAUUAGUAACGAAAACAAUGCAGGAGGUGCUAAAACUGACCCAACAAAUGAACCAGUUGUCCGACCUAAAAUUAGAAAAACAUGUCCCACAGUUUCCGGAAAGGACCCAUUGAAAACUGAUGAAUAUGGAAAAGAAGCCAAAAGCUCUAGAAGAGAAAAGCGGGAACCGCAUGCCAAUGUACAAAAAUCUAGCAAAGCUGAAAAUGUCAACACUGCAAAGGAACCUGGCUCAGUAUGUGUUGAGGGAGCACAAAAGAAAAUAAAGGGAGCUAACAAGGAUACAAGAACUCCAAUAGACAGUAAGCCAUUAGUGGAUGACACCUUUUGGGAUGAUUUUGAAGUCUAUGGCUUGAAGAUGAUGGACUCGGCAAAAGAAGAAGACAGCUCUGAAUGCAGUGAUGGAGAAUGGUCUACCUGUUUACCCUCCUAUUUCUCUGGUGAUAAAGAUCAUUCUUCUAGUGAUGAAAGCUGGGAGACUUUGCCUGGAAAAGAAGAGCAUGAUGUACAGAGUAAUAGCAGCAGCUUGGAAGAGGAGAAUUCUGACUUUUGCUUCCAGGUUGAGGAACAAACCUCUUUAGAAGAUGGUGAAAUUCCUUGGUUACAGUAUCAUGAGGACAUAGAGAGCAGCACAGAUGAAGAAAAUGAAGCUGGAAACCAUUAUUUACCACCAGGAUUUUUUUAUUUUAGAUGGCAAUAAUAAUUUAGAAGACGAUUCAAGUAUGAGCGAAGACUUAGAAGUUGAAUGGAGAUUGCUAGAUGACUUUGGCGAAGGUAUUGGUGUAGCACAAGCUAUGUCGUUCAUGGAUCCUCACCUUCUUACAUAUAUGGCUCUUGAAGAGCGUCUUGCACAGGCAAUGGAGACUGCUUUGGCUCAUUUGGAAUCAUUGGCUGUAGAUGUGGAACAGGCUCACCCUCCAGCUACCAAAGAAAGCAUCGACUGUCUUCCUCAGAUCAUUCUUACAGAUGACCAUAUAAUUGUAGGCCAAGAGCAAUGCUGUGCCAUAUGCUGUAGUGAGUAUAUUAAAGAUGAAAUAUUAACAGAGCUUCCUUGCCACCACAUCUUCCAUAAGCCUUGUGUUACACUUUGGUUACAAAAAUCUGGAACAUGUCCUGUGUGCCGUCAUGUCCUCACAUCUGUUCUUCCUGAAACUGCAGCCACUUCCUUCCUGUCUGACCAUGACAGCCCUCCAUCAAUUCACAAUGCAGCAGGGACUAGAUAA